UUGGCCGCGCCCAACUUUGCACAGCAAGAUUUCACUCCCUGCUUAGCUUUCGGUUGACUCUUCCUUUUCUUUGAAUUCUCAGUUCCCUCGACCAACCGCCACUUGCUCCGCUUCUCCUUCACGGAUUUUGGCUCGAGCUGCGUCAUGAGGUGGCGUUGUCCAUGGAAGGUCAUGGGAAAUUUGGCACGGCUCAGUUGGACUCGGGCUCUGCUCUGCUUUCUGGCGUGUUUUACCUUCGCGCUUGUGUUUUCCCUUCUAUAUAUUGAGCACACUCCUCUUCACUCUCCCCCAACUCGCCUUCAGCUACCGCGAGUCGAUCUGCAACCGCCAAUCGCCUCAGAGUUUGCGCCUUGUUUUGGUUUUCUUCUUCCUUUGCGAUAAUUGAGAUGGCUGUGGUCGAGGCCGGCGCCGCGUUGGUUCCGCCGCGAGGGGGCGUGGAGACGAGCGACGAUGAGCUGCCGCCCGUGGAGGGGUGGGCCAAGCGGAAGCGCUCCAAGCGCCGCCAUCCCUUCUUCGAUCACCCGCCUACCGAGGAGGAGUACUUGGCCUUCUGCCUCAUGAUGCUCGCCCGCGGGGGCGCGGAUUCCUCGCCUUUUGCCUCCUCGGCGUCUCCGCCGCCUCCGGCGGCGGCGGCGGCGGCGGCCGGGAAGGGGGAGUUCAAGUGUUCCGUCUGCGGGAAGGUCUUCGGGUCGCACCAGGCGUUAGGGGGGCACAAGGCCAGCCACCGGAAACUCAACUCCGGAGACGAGACGCUCUCUUCCGCGGCGUCGUCGGCUGCCUCGGCGUCGUCGUCUGCCUCGGCGUCCGGGAAGAUGCAUCGGUGCUCGGUGUGCGGGAAGUCGUUCCCCACAGGGCAGGCGCUGGGGGGUCACAAGAGGUGCCACUACGACGGCACCCCCGGCGGCGGCGGCGGCUCCGCCGCGUCAGAGGUCGCAAGCUCCAACCACAGGGCUUUCGAUCUGAACGUGCCGCCGGCGCAGGAGUUCGCCGUGGAAGUCGCCGGCCGGUGCGUGGCCGCUGCGUCGGCGGCCGCGGCGGAGGAAGAAGUGCAGAGUCCGAUGGCAUUGAAGAAACCCAGAUUCCUGAUUCCGGCGUAGAACAAGACUUUGAUCCCGUUUUCCGAGUCAACUCCACUCAGCUUUAAAUUAAAUUCGAGGGAAAUUACGUGUUGUGUCAGUUUGCUGUACAGACAAUUUUCAUUCUUUGGGAAACUUGAUAUGUUCAUUUCAUGUCCUAGUUGAGGAUUUCGAAGUCGAAAUAUUUUUCGCCACAA